CUUCUUCUACAUCAUCUUCUUCUUGUCUGGACUUAAUUUAGGAGUUCGAAAAGACAACGAAGCCUUGUCCUUCAUCCUUUAAAACCUGUCCUUUCCGUCAACUGAUGAGUUUGUAACAGCUUCACAUAUGGAAGAGAACUUAGUGCAAGAUGCCUCAGAUACUCCUCUCCAACAAGAAGGGAUGCCCCAUGAAGUUCUAUUUCUUGUCUUGUCUUAUCUUCCUCUAUAUGAACUUCUUGUUAUGGCUCAAGUCUGCAGAUCAGUAAAAGAAGUUCUUACCUAUGAUAUCUUGCCAUGGCUGAAUAUGGUGGUGGGAAAGCCAUUGAACAAGCGUUUCAACGAUGUCCAUCUGCUCAAAAUUACCUCAAAAGCAGAUGGUAGGCUAAAAACUCUGGCCUUGUUGAAUUGCUCAAAGAUUACAGACGAGGGGCUUCAGCAGGUCAUAGCAAGAAAUCCUUACAUAACCAGACUCUGGUUACCAGCUUGCACCAGCUUAAGCCCCAGUGGAGUGAUUGAAGCAGUGAAGCUGCUUACCAAAAAUAAGCACAGAUUAAAGAGCCUAAGGAUCAACGGCAUCUAUAAUUUGAAGAAAGAAGAUCUUGAAAUACUACACUGUCUAAUUGAUGAUGAAAGCCACCCAUGGCAGAAGAAAGGAUUGAACUUCUAUCAUGAGUACAAAGAGUUUUCAACAUUUAAACAUUCAUAUCCUCCUAUUGAUGUGGAAAUAUGCCCAAAAUGUAAAGAAGCAAGAGUGGUUUUUGACUGCCCUAGAGAUUCUUGCAGAAGUAUGAGGCAGCAGCAGAAGCUUGAGUGCAGGGGAUGCCAACACUGCAUCCUAAGGUGUGAAGAAUGUGGUAUGUGUAUCAAAGAUGAAGAUCCAGUAGAGGCAGCUUGUGUGGAUGUAUUAUGUUUAGGCUGCUGGCUUCAGCUACCAAAAUGUAGUUUUUGCAACAAACCUUACUGUAGCCAACAUGCAGAUCAAAAGUGCAGCCUAGUAGGCUCUUCAGGAUUUGUAUGUAUAGAUUGUCAUGCAAGAUUUAUAGAGAAUUAAUCAUCACAAGGGCACUAGAACUUUUAGCAAUCAGAUGAAAUGUGUUAACUGUUACGGAUUAGACUUGCAUCUGAGAACUCCCACUCAUUUGUUUGGUUGAUUAUAAGCAUCACAUCUACUGCAUAAUACCUCCACAGACUUUGAA